CUUCCUUCAGCCAUCUGCCUGAGAUAUGGGAGGGAGCUGGAGAAAGAAGGAGGGGGAGAGACUGCCAGAGAGGAAGAGAAAAGAAAGGAAGAAACACUAGAAAGAAAAGGGAAGGAGGACGGAAUAAAGGGAGAUCAAUUACCCACCCUUAAAUAGCUGGAUUGGGGGGGGGAGGGGGGUGGUGAGAACGCUGGGGAAGGUGUGCCCCAGCACGACUGCCCUGAAGUGUUCAUCAUCAUCUGUUCCGUUUGGUUUAUGGAGAAAAAGAAAAUGGUAACUCAGGGUAACCAGGAGCCAACAACAACUCCUGACGCAAUGGUUCAGCCUUUUACUACCAUCCCGUUUCCACCGCCUCCCCAGAAUGGAAUUCCCACAGAAUAUGGAGUGCCACACACUCAGGACUAUGCCGGCCAGACCAGUGAGCAUAACCUGACACUCUACGGAAGUACGCAAGCGCAUGGAGAACAGAGUAGCAACUCACCUAGCACACAAAACGGAUCUCUUACGCAGACAGAAGGGGGAGCACAGACAGACGGCCAGCAGUCACAGACACAAAGUAGUGAAAAUUCAGAGAGUAAAUCUACCCCUAAACGACUGCAUGUCUCUAAUAUUCCUUUCCGCUUCCGGGACCCAGACCUCCGGCAGAUGUUUGGGCAGUUUGGCAAAAUCCUAGACGUAGAAAUAAUCUUUAAUGAACGUGGCUCUAAGGGAUUCGGGUUCGUAACUUUCGAGAAUAGUGCUGAUGCAGACAGGGCCAGGGAGAAAUUACACGGCACCGUGGUAGAGGGCCGUAAAAUCGAGGUGAAUAAUGCUACAGCACGUGUAAUGACCAAUAAGAAGAUGGUCACACCAUAUGCAAAUGGUUGGAAAUUAAGCCCAGUAGUUGGAGCUGUAUAUGGCCCUGAGUUAUAUGCAGCAUCCAGCUUUCAAGCAGACGUGUCCCUAGGCAAUGACGCGGCAGUGCCCCUGUCGGGAAGAGGGGGCAUUAACACUUACAUUCCUUUAAUCAGUCUCCCUUUAGUUCCUGGCUUUCCUUACCCAACUGCAGCCACCACGGCGGCCGCUUUCAGAGGAGCCCAUCUGAGGGGCAGAGGGCGGACGGUGUAUGGUGCAGUCCGCGCGGUACCUCCAACAGCCAUUCCCGCCUAUCCAGGAAUAGUCUUACAGGAACCAAUCAUUAGCGCUAAAAUACCUCAGGGCGGAUAUGCAGCCUACAGAUAUGCACAGCCCGCUACUGCAACCGCAGCCACGGCUGCUGCAGCCGCUGCUGCCGCUUACAGCGACGGUUAUGGCAGGGUGUACACAGCCGACCCUUACCAUGCCCUUGCCCCUGCCGCUAGCUAUGGAGUUGGCGCUGUGGCGAGUUUAUACCGAGGUGGCUACAGCCGAUUUGCCCCCUACUGAAGUGACGUGAGACCCCGCAAGUGGGACAGCCCCCCAGUUCACGAGGCCCGGCUAUUGCAAUAUUUACUAGUAGAGGAACUCUAUAGCACGAUGAAGAGGAAAAACAAACAGACAAACAAACAAACAAAAAAAAACACAAAAAAAGAGAGAAUACUUUUUUAUACCUCACUAUGUUCUUUGAAUAUGUAUUUUUCCUUUAAAUUUCUGCCUUUAAUUCUUUUGUUCCAAAGAUUGUGCAUUUUUUUCUUUUUUUUUUUCUUUUUUUUUUAACUGUGGUAAAAAAAAAAAAAAAAUAAUGCAUUUCCAUGUCUGUAUGUCCGUGCUUAGCUUAUUCUAUCAAUCACGGAAGAGGCAGUUAAUGAGGAAGGAGAGACGUAAGGAGCUGAUAAAUGCAAUCUGAUCAGAAAUCAGACAAUAACCAAAGUGCGUCUGGUGCUGAACGGCUGGGGGACAAGCAGAAGCGGAAGAGAUCUUUCUGCAGCAGGAUAUUCUUCUAGUCUUCUGAGUUUCUGGUCUUUGGCAGGCAAUUCUGACUGGCUGUGGCUGGAAUCCACAUGCUGAUAGAGGAUAGGAAUUUGUGCUUGCAAAGCAGGAGAAUUAAAAAGAGACACUUUCCUCUCUUCUUCCCUCCUGUCUUCUUCGUUCUUCUUACAGGCAUCUUACGUGCACAGCCUGAGACAGUUGGCACAGUUUUUGGAAUUAUAGUAUUAAUAUUUCCAAACGUGCUCUCAGACUGUGGAUAAUAAACACCUCAUUAGGAAACCAAUCUCAGAAUGAACUCGGGGGUAUGAAAAUAAUCAUUUUUUUCCUUUCCUGUCACCCUAGCACUCCUUUAAUUGAACCAAGCUUAGUUCAUCUAUCCUUUUAUUAGCACCCUGUUCCCAUGUCCUCAAGAUUCAGGAAUUUAGGACCCAGGGACAGAAGAACAAGUAGCCAGUGGCCAGAUUUCCUCCAGGUAUCUGGGCACAGCUUGAGGACUGGCAGCGCAAAUUGUCGAGAAGCCAGUAAAGAGGGUGAAGAAGAGAAAGGGAUAUUAGACCGUGUCCGGCAAGGCUCCGUGACAUUCCCAGUCUUUCUCUUGCGUCAGAAAGUCAGUGCAAAGAAUAGAACAUGUACUGAAGGCUCCGCUGGCGGAAAGUAAAGCACCGAGUCCUAGGUCGGCUGUCCCUGGAGGUUCUGGUGAGUCGGACGUGAAAGGGCAGGCAAAGGCACUUUGUACCAGCUCCAAAGCCAUAGGAAUCUCAUCUUCCAGAGCCUUUAUGAGUCACUUUCGCUUUCCACACCUUGAGCCUUCGUGGCCAUUCCACCCAGCUUCUCAUUACCCUCCAAAGACCCCCAGCUGAGCACCUGGACCACUUGGUGGGCACGAACACUACAGACCAUAAGAUUGGAGCCCCUGGGGUCGCUCCCCUCCCGUGUUGGGAGGAGGGUCUGAACUGGUCAGAAGGAGUCAUGUGGUGGCAAUGGCGGUGAGUCACUGCUCUUGCUAUCUGGCUUCAGUUCUUUAUAUAUAUAUACAUAUAUAUAUUCAUUCAAGGUAGGGGAGAGACAGUUUCUCUUCUAGCUAUUAGCCGUUAAUGGUAAAAGCAAGGGUCCUGCAGCAUUUCCAAAAUGAAGGCAUUAGGAAAUAGAAAAGCACGGUCUGUUUGGCUCCCUGGCCUGGUCACAUUGGUACUAGGGUGACCUCUCACCCGAGGGAUAGCUGCUAAAGGGAGUAAUUCAGAGACAUGGAGCUUCCAGCUUGUUAGGGCUUUGCUUUUGGUUUGGUUUUUUUUACUUCUGCCUCCACACAUUCUUGACUGAUUCGUGUCCCUGAAUUAAAAUGACUGACACAUGACAGCAUCAAGCAUUUCUGUAAGCAGAGUAAUGUAUCUGGGAAGGACUGGCCUGUCGUGUAUAAUACAUAUCUCUCCCCCUUGGGAAUCCUCUCCCCUGAAACGGGGAGACAGCAAGAAAGCUGGAGGCCUCGAUGCAAUCUUAUCGAUUCUGGGGAGGAAUGCGUAGGAUAGGGGACUCCAGACAGCCCGGUCCAUAGGCCACUUUUUAAGGGUUCCCCUCCCCAAGCCAAAGUUUGGUUUGUUGCUGUUAAGACAAUUUUUGUUGCAUGUAUAUAAAUAUUUUAGUUAGAGGAGGGGCAACGGGAUGUGGGGCUCUCAGUUCUAGGGAGUGGGGGCAGGGACGAUUUUUUUCUUUUGCUUUUGUUUUGAGGGAGAGCUUUUACUGACUAAAGAAACAGAAAUUUCCGGUCACGUUUAAAUAGGGGCCAUUCUCACAAAAUGGCAAGCCACUACUCGGUGGAAACAAGGCCAAAUGCUAAAUGGUGUGUCCGCAGCAGGGGAGAAUAGGGCGAUGAGUUUAAGAGUCUUCUCUUUUCCAGGAGGAGAUAAAGGAUGAUGGGAAAGGUAGAGAAGGCGGCUUCCACAGCCCUUUAUAAGAGGCAGAAGCUUGAGCUUGAGGUAGCUUUUGCGUGUUUCAGUUCAGCUGGUUCUGGCUGAGGACCCCGAGGGCAAGCUCCAUGUUUUCCAGUGGCUUCUGCGCUUCCAGGCACGGUUCUAGUACUGCUUCCUCCAGCUCCCCUUCCCGAGAAAGACUGAAUAGAGUUCUGCUCUCCACUGAAGGGCCUUUGGUUUUCCGUGUCAGCACUGGGAAUUAGGGCUCUCACAGGCACCUAGGUUUGACGAUAUCCCCCGCCCAUACCUUUGAACUUUGAGACUCAAUGCAGCCGAUUUCACUAGAGGCAGGUUCCCCAAAGCACCGGUGCAUGCAGAUCCCUGACUCUGGUUCCCACUGGACUAAGCAACAAAGAGAGUCUGGCAUCUUGUGAGUUCGUUAGAGGAUGCUGGUUGAUAAUUCCAAAAAGCUUACUGAUGCUGAAUCACAGUACGGGGAUGAUUUCGACAGCUUUACUUGAGCUUGUGAUGUGGACUUUCUAAGCAUCUUACUCUUCGAAGCUGGGCUCCUUUAAGGAGACCAGAAGUCUAGUGAAAACCUUUAUCCGAAUAUCUGCCUUUCAACCCAGAGAGCUGUCCUUAGGUCUUCUCCCGAUUUCCUGCGUUAGUAGUUCAGCUCCCAUUAACCCGGAUCAGCCUUUGUGAUUCAUCACUUUUCAGGCGCUCAGGUUUUACAAAACCUGCUAUCAGCAUCAUCCUCCAGCAGCCCCAGUCAGAUUGAGCCAAUUUUAUUUUUCUUGGAACAUAAAAAAAACUGGGGCUCAACUCUUAGUUUAAGGGGAGCUAGUGGAGAGCUGUUCCGUGAAAAUCAAUAAGAGCGGCUUUUCCUCAAAAGCGUGGCUCCUCGGGCCGAACCGCUUAGUUUAGGUUUCGCCUUCCUGGAGAUGUAGCAGGUAGUCGGAGAAUCACCGUCACCCAUGACUAGUCGCAUAGCCUCCAGAUAGGAGGGAGGUGUCAGCUUGGGAUGGAAGCACCCCAAGGAUUUGCAAGAAGGGCUUGAGAACCCCCUUCCCUCUGGCAGGAGAACGAGGCCAAUCAAGGGACGGUCUGGAAGGCACUAGAUGUGUACAGAGGGAAAAGGGGACACUUCGAGCCCUGCCCGUUUGCCAGGUCCAGUCGCUCCUCUGCUGCUUGCAGCCCUCUGGCACAGUGACAUUUGCAGAACUGCAGGUUAUUUUUUCCCCCAGAUAAUAGGAGGAAAGGGACUUUGGGGGGUGGGGAAGGGGUAGUCGUGUUUUAAAAGCAUAAGUUACCUGUUUGCACUGUUUUAAGGUAGGAAAAAAAUAGUGGGCAAGGUGAGCAUCAGACGUAAAUUUGUGUUUUUUUAUUUUGUCAUGCUCUUGAAAAUGUUUGACCAUUUGUAAUAGACACCAGUGAAACUUGAUUCUCCGUUGCAUAAAACACUUUUUUUUUCUUUUUUGAAAUGUCGACCCUCGUCUCUCCCUCCCUCCCUCCCUCCGCACUUCUUUCAUACCUGCUUUACUGAUCAGCCAGGCAGUAGCCAUCGAGAGCUAGACGGAGCAAGAAGCAGGGCCCUUCCCAAGUGGGCCCUGGCUGUCCCAAGCCAGCGGGCGCCCUCUGGUCAGGGUGUGCGGUGGAGUCCCCGGCACCCGUCUUUCAAGUGAAACUCGCAGACCAGACUACGUACAGCAGGGUCUCAGAUUCCUGAAUCCGAUGCUCUUGGAGUGAGGAGCCGAGGCGUGGAGGGGAGCCCUCGAGUGUCGCGUUGGCUGUAGUAGCUGAGUUCUCGUCCACGUUACCGGCACUGUAGCCAGUUACAGUUUACUCAGGAAAACGGUAGAUCAAUUCAGCCAUGGUAGUGCUGGUUGGCAGGGAUUGGUAACUGAGAGAACUGCUCAUCAGCCAGAACUCAAGCCUUGCCUUUAAGGAGACUGCCAGCGAGGCGCUUGGGCCUCCGUCUGGUGGUCACGUGCGUGCCAGCGUUGUGAGGGCUCAGCUCACGCUGGCAAGCAGAACGGGGACAUCGCUUCUCUCUCCUCCUCCCCACCCCCCACCCCGUUAUGGACACCAGAUUCCCAGGGGGUCCAUGAGUUUUUGAAUUUUUAAAAAAUCUUUUCAGUUUGGUUUUCCCGGGGACUGAUAAGUGCUUUAAGCAAUGUCUAUGCCCCAUCAAGACUCCCAGCUUAGGCAUUUUCUUGUAUUUUUCUGUUCACAGUAUUUGUGUGUGUGUGUGUGUGUGUAUGUGUGUGUGUGUGUGCGUGUGCGUGUGUGCUUAUUUUGGCAGCUCAUUUUGGCUGUAUUAUAUAUCGAGUGAUGAAUUGAUCCUCUUUUUUUUUCCCUGAGGGAUAUGAAUUGUUUUUUCUUGUGUUAUAAUUCUGCUUGUGAGUAGCUGGAGCAACCUGGGGCUGACACAGUAAGCUAGGGCUGCAGAGUGUGGAGAGCCAGGGGGUCACUUGUCCCUGACAGGCUGGCCUACCAGAGUCUCUUCGCGCUUCAGUCCAAGUCUUUACAAGGCUAAAAACGCCACAAAACCUCUUCCUCCCCACCCCUCACACCCCUCCCGUGGCAGGGACUGAACCAUCCCUCCGCGCAACGUGCGGUUUCUCCAGCCCCGUCCCAUUGUCAUGGCAAAACAGGUACCUUUGGGGCUUGGGGGCAUCACCUGGGAUGCUUGUAUAAUUGACCACCUCGCCUUCUCUCCCAACUUCCCCCCCAGAAUCACUUCCUAGGACACCCGAGCUGCUUGCCCAGGGUCCUGUUUCCCUGCGAACUCCAGAGAAGCACCCCAGGGCUUUGUGACAGUCUCCGAUCCCCUCCCCUUCUCGUUAAGAAUCAUAUUGUAUAGUAGCUUUCAGACCAUACAGUAUUCAUUGGGUUACUCUUAUUAUCAAGUAGCUGGAAUUGUGAAGGUCGGAGUAGUUAGAUCUUUAGCUUUUAUUCCUUAUUUUUUUGUAUUACUAUCCAUGUGUAUAAAUUAUUGAUCAUGUUGCUGGCUUUUAUAAACUCUAAGCAAGGGAGGAGCACUGCCUCUGCCUUUGCAAAUGGUAAUGAAGCACUGUUUUUAAAUAAAAGAGAGAAACACCA